CUUAGCCCGCGGCGGAGCUGCCCAUGGCCGGGCCUCCGCUGCCCUUCCCGGGCCGCUUCUGGGCCCCCUGGCUGCCCGCGGGCUCCCCGCCCCUGCGGGCCCUCCUGGCCGCCGCCCCCCCCAAGAGUUUUCUUGGAGGUUUUUUUGGUCCCAUCUGUGAGAUUGAUGUUGUCCUUAACGAUGGGGAGUCACGGAAGAUGGCGGAGAUGAAAACUGAAGAUGGCAAAGUAGAAAAACAUUAUCUCUUCUAUGAUGGCGAAUCUGUUUCCGGAAAGGUAAACCUAGCCUUUAAGCAACCUGGAAAGAGGCUAGAACACCAAGGAAUUAGAAUUGAAUUUGUAGGCCAAAUUGAACUCUUCAAUGACAAGAGUAAUACUCAUGAAUUUGUAAACCUAGUGAAAGAAUUGGCCUUACCUGGAGAAUUGACACAAAGCAGAAGUUAUGACUUUGAAUUUAUGCAGGUUGAAAAGCCAUAUGAAUCCUACAUUGGUGCCAAUGUCCGAUUGAGGUAUUUUCUUAAAGUGACAAUAGUCAGACGACUGUCAGACUUGGUAAAAGAGUAUGAUCUUAUUGUUCACCAGCUGGCCACCUACCCAGACGUCAACAACUCCAUCAAGAUGGAGGUGGGCAUCGAAGACUGUCUGCACAUAGAGUUUGAAUAUAAUAAAUCCAAGUAUCAUUUAAAGGAUGUGAUUGUUGGAAAAAUUUAUUUCUUAUUAGUAAGAAUAAAAAUUCAGCAUAUGGAAUUACAGUUGAUAAAGAAGGAGAUCACAGGAAUUGGGCCCAGCACCACCACCGAAACGGAAACCAUUGCCAAGUAUGAGAUCAUGGAUGGGGCACCAGUCAAAGGUGAAUCAAUUCCCAUAAGACUUUUUCUAGCGGGAUAUGACCCAACUCCAACAAUGAGAGAUGUGAACAAAAAAUUCUCAGUACGCUAUUUUUUGAACCUGGUUCUCGUGGAUGAGGAAGACAGACGGUACUUCAAACAGCAGGAGAUCAUCUUAUGGAGGAAAGCUCCAGAGAAGCUGAGGAAGCCGAGGACAAACUUUCACCAGCGCUUUGAGCCUCCGGAGCCGCAGGCAUCUGCUGAGCAGCCGGAAAUGUGAAGGGAGGAGGAGAAAGGGGUUGGGGCAGGGGAGGCUGGUGGGCUCCAGCGGUGGCAGCCUGCGCAGGACAAGGCUGAAGGCCCCUCCCUCCGCCCCCGCUCCCCUCUUCUGUGGCACUACUAACCGGUCUCCAAGGUGUACAUCGUUAAAAACAAAGUGCUUUCUCUGAAACACUGGAACUUCCUCGAGCUGCCGUGUGUCUUUUUUUAAACUUCAUACUUUGAUUUGAUCACAUGCACUCAGAUAUGUGUAAGCUUAAACAUUAAGAAUGUCCAUGUGUAGGCUGGCAUUUGGUAAUUUUCUUUUUCUAGGCUAGAUUAGGAAUCUUCCCGCCCAUCUCCAUGUCAUUGGUUCCCUCUCAUUCUCUGCAGAACACGGGAUGGGCAGAUGGUGAGAGAGACUGAAUGGCCGAGAAGCUUUGGGGGCUGCUCGGGGUGUAGCCAUCCCCUGGGGACCUUUGUUCAGUCCUGAGGGUGUUUGUCCUGAGACUGCCAGCCCCGGGGCGUUCUGCUCACUUCCUUACAACCUUUCCCAUUAGAGAGAUCCGUAACAGGAUGGGGUGAUUGCCAUCUUAUUCCCAGAAUUUUCUUUUUUGCCAUUAGUCUGUUCAACUCUUGCAUCGGCACCACAGUAGUUUUUCUGCAGUGUGUUUUGUUUGUAUUUUAAAAUUUCUAAUUUUCAUAUGAUUUCUUUUUCUUUCCCCCUUCUCCCCUCCCGCCUCCCCCGAUUCUUUAAGGCAUUUUAUUUUAAGUUUUAGGGAAAUUUUGGCUGUCUGUGCAGAGAAUGCUAAUUCCCAAACUUCCCAAUCGUUGGGGUGGGUGAGCUUUGUAUCGUCUCUAAUCUGUAGCUGGUUAAACGUCCUUCUGUCAAGCUGCAGCUUUGGCCAGUCAAAACUCAGAUUUUACAAGCUGACUAACCUCUCUAGGAAACACAUACAGUGUCUGUGUCUUAAUUUUGUUUCAUGUUGAAUUUGAGUCCUCCUUGGUUCCAAGACUCUCUAAGGUUGUGCACUUGGGGACUGGGUUCGGUUUCUGAUACAUCCACGAUAUAUCCACGUGGCGGAGGCGCUGCUCUUGUCUGAGCCACAGAAGCCACCUGCACUUAAGGGUCACGAACCACCCGAGACUUUUGACAAACGCCAGUGCUAGCCUUGUCAGUGGACCAAACGCAGUCCCUGGUCGUGCUGUCUGAGAACUGCUUUCCUCCGGUGUCACUUUGACCACCUUCUCUUACUGCAGAAGAUGCUCUCUGGGUUCCUAUGCUCCAGAAACAUCUCUUUUCAAUGUAGAUGUCUGGGGGUGGAAACAGAUGGAUUUUUUUUUUCCUCAUGUAAGUGCCUGUUCAGAAAUUAAAAACAAAAAUUAAAAUGCCAAAUAUUUUCAUGGUCACUUGCAUGUAAUAAUCUAGAGACUGUUUGAAAAGAUUUUGAAAACUGAUUGUAUUUAACCAGCCUCAAAUUGUGCAACCAUGUAUAAUAAAGAAUUUGAAACUGAUAUUGAGCUGCUAUUUGAAUGAUUAAAAAUAGCUGUAUUCUCAAGAA